AUGUAAUUGACCGAAAUGGACUGUAACUUUGAUUUUACUGAGAUGAUGAGGGCUCUGGGAUAUCCGCGACUCAUCUCUAUGGAGAAUUUCCGCACUCCAAACUUCAUGCUGGUUUCAGAGGUGCUUCUUUGGCUGUGCAAAAGGUAUGAACCACAGACUGAUGUGCCUUCUGAUGUUGAGACAGAGCAAGACCGGAUUUUCUUCAUUAAGGCAGUAGCUCAGUUUAUGGCUACCAAAGCUCAUAUAAAGCUCAACACAAAAAAGCUUUACCAAGCAGACGGCUAUGCAGUGAAGGAGCUGUUAAAAAUAACUUCUGUUCUUUACAAUGCAAUGAAAACCAAAGGAAUGGAGACCACCGCAGUGGCUGAAGAAGAAAGCAGCAAAUUCAAGUUUGACCUUGGUUCAAAAAUUGCUGAUUUGAAGGCAGCCAGGCAACUUGCUUCAGAAAUCACAUCCCGAGGAGCAUCGCUGUAUGAUUUACUUGGCAAAGAGGUGGAGUUGAGGGAGUUGAGAACGGAAUCCAUUGCGAGACCUCUGGAGAUAAACGAGACUGAAAAGGUGAUGAAAAUUGCCAUCAAAGAUGUUCUGGAGCAAGUCCAGAAGACAAGGGACAUGUUGAAUAACGUGGCCUCGGAUGAAGCCAACUUGGAAGCCAAGAUUGAAAAGAGAAAACUGGAACUGGAAAGAAACCAGAAGCGACUACAAACCUUACAGAGUGUCCGACCGGCCUUUAUGGAUGAGUACGAGAAGAUUGAGGAGGAGCUGCAGAAACAGUACAGCAGUUAUCUGGAAAAAUUCCGUAAUCUGGCCUAUCUGGAACAGCAACUGGAUGAUCAUCACAGGCUGGAGCAGGAGAGGUUUGAGGAAGCAGAGAAUUCCCUACGCCUGAUGCAGAACAGGCUGAAGGAGGAGGAAAAACGUAUACUCAAGACUGGAAAUAAUGAGGACUCAGACAUAGAGAUCCAAGAGGACGAAGGCUCUGAUAGCGAAGUGGAAGACAGGCAGCUAAUAAAGCAGCGCACAGCCAUGGAGAUCCUGAUGCAAGGGAGACCCAACAAGCGGAUCGUGGGGACAAUGCAAGGAGGAGACACAGAGGAUGAUGGGGGAGCUGCCCAAGCCCCACCAGGUAAACCCAAGACCUCCAGCUCCACGGCACAGGAGUCGGAGGAUAGCGAGAUUGGCCUGGACGAUGACGAAGACGACGAUGAGGACGACCUAGAAGACGACAGUGUGGAGCUCGCUCCCAGCAAGGCCAAUCGCCGGGCCAGGAAGCCAGAGCCCCUGGAGGAGAGCGAUAACGACUUCUGACGCGGGCCAAGGUCCCCAAAGGAAACCUGCCAACCACAUUUCUGUCAGGCUGACUACGAAGCAAAUCCAGCCCCUCAUCCCCUCCGCUGCAGACUGGUCAGGUUGGACUGAUUUCGAUCAAAGCAUCGGUUCUAAGCUUGUUUGGCAGUUGUGCCUUUUACGGGAAGUUUUGAGUUGCGUUGGUACCAUGACAGCUGGCCGAAUGUGCUAGAGACAAGAAAAAACUAUCCCUGUUUUGUAACUAAAACCAAUUGAGUUAUCAAAACCUCAGAACGAUUCUCCCUAGGUAUGAACUGAACUGAUUGUUUCGGGUCAGUCCUACAAGAUUUUAGAACUAGUGGAGCUUGUGAUUCUUAGUCGUAGAUUGGAAAAGAAACACGCCCCGUCCCGCUUCUCUAGUGCCCAAACAUUGCUUCGCUUGAGUGCUAAUCACUGAGCUAGCUGAAUAAGUGAAUGGAGGAAAGUGUUCUCUCUGCACCUGAAGUGACUGUUCUCCAAAGCUGCUUUAACACUGCCGCAGCCUCUGGUUUCGGCUGCUUAGCCACGGGCUUCCCCCAGGGCAGUGCCUUGGCUUUCUUACAAACACAUACGGCUUCGGCUAUUUUUUUUUAAGGUAAAAUUAUUUUAACUUAAUAGAGUACGUUUAGGCCUUAACACUGGCGAUUUCAAAUUUCAUUUUAAACAGGCUUAUUGGUCAAAAUAAACCUGGUUUGAAUUCAUUGCUUUUAUCUUUUACCCCCUCUACUUUUAUCCAUUCUGGGCUCUGCGUAUUGGCUCAAAUUUCUUCCUUCAUAGUGUGCUGCCGGUGCUGCCCGAUUUGCUCCAUGUCACACAAGAGGGUCAGUAACAGUGACAUCCCAAUCCAGUCACAGGGCUCCGUUGCUGACAGCUCUCUCUCUAGCCGGCAGGUCAGAGGC